GCGUGGAUGGACGGGAAGGUCCCCAGGUGGACGCAGGGCUCGGGCUCAGUUCCCAUCCCGGAAUUGCCAGGCCGGGCCUGGCACGGCUCCAACAAAAGCCGCUCUGCCCUCGCUAACUUCAUUUGGCCUCCUCAUUAGAAUGCCGAUCUAAUUAGGGCGCUUUUACCGCGCGCACAAAGCCCGGGCGGGGGAAAUUAAAGCGAGGACGGAGCGGAUUUUUCAGCAUCCCGGAAAAGUCCGAGGCGCUUUGGUGCGAGGAGCUCGGAGGGGAAAAGUUCCCGAAAGAAUAAAAGAGCAUCCUUUUGUGCCCGCGCUCACACCUCCCCAUCCCCUCGCCCUCUUUUCUUUUCCUCACACCGAGCCGGCACCGGGGGGAAAAACCUUUUAAAGUCAGAACUUGUGCCUGAACCCGGCUCCUCGCAUAACUCGGGGCCCUUUUUAGCACUUAAAAAACACUCGCGGGUCACUGCAAUCCUUCCCCCCCGCGUCCCCAGCACCUCCCCGCACCCCGCCUCGCCCCUCUCUCUUUUAAAGUCUUUGAGGAGAAGAUUUUGACGCGUCCGUGUUGUUAUCAGAUUGAUGGGCCGGGUUUGAUUGAAGCCCCUUUGUCAUGCAAAUGUCACGGCCGUGAUGGAUGAGCCCGGAGCCGGCCACAAACUUCGGGAGCCCCGCGCUCAUUGGGCUGGGCCCGCUCCGCCCGCGGGGUCCCCCCCGGCUCGGCCGCGGCUCCUCGGGGUCCCCCCAUGCCCGGCAGGAAGUUUCCCAGCUUUGACAUACUACCCAAAGGUUGUAGGGCAGGCGGCAUCGCCCCCAAAACGCGCUGACCCUCCUCCAUCACUGGCAGAUGGACAAUACCGCCAUGAACUCCUUCUUGGAGUUCGCAAUUUGUAACCGCGGCACCGCCGCCUUCCCGCAGCACCACCCCGAGCCGGCCUCGCCUUCCUUCCCGCCGUGCUCAGGUAGCCCCACUCCGAGCGCCGACGGCCACUUCGGCCUGCCCGGCACCGCGCCCGCCCUCGGGCAUCUCCCCCAGCACGGCUUCCACCCUCCCUCCUCUUCCUCUUCCUCCCGCUUCGCCAGCCCGGGUUACCCAGCUCAGCCGGGCUACCAGCAGCUCUACGCGGGCCAGCAGGACGCGGAUGGGCCGUACCUGCCCGCGGCCGCCUUCGGCUCGGGCUCGCUGCCCGAGGGUUUCUGCGGGCCCGCGGGGCAGCUCCAGCAGCCGCCCGCCUUCGGCCUCGAGCAGCCCGCCUACCUGCCCGGCCUCUACGGCGAGCUCUCGGCGGCCUUGCUGGAGGAGCCCGAGCCCCCCGGGCACCCCGAGGUGGGCGUCAGGGCCGGGGCAGCGCAGACCUUCGAGUGGAUGAGGGUGAAGAGGAACCCCCCCAAAACAGGUGAGUGUGAGGUGGGGGGCUGGGGAGCGUUGGGUUCCCCAGGGUUUGGAGGCGCCUUCCAGUGGAGCACGG